AUGGCAUCAACCGCCAGAUCUGCUGGAGGUGCUCCUAGAUGUGAGGCAGGUGCGUCUCGACUUGGGCAUACUGGUUCGAAAACGCUCUUGGUCAAACGUGCGUGCCACUUGGAGCAGCCGGAUGGCAAUUCCUGGUUCGGCACACACAUCAACCCAUCGAUCGAUUCGAGAGACGAGGGCAAACGGAUACACGCGCAAGGAACGCUGGCGGAUCGAUAUGCCGAGGCUUUGUGGCUCGGAGAAUUGCACACCGGUCUGGGUUACUUGCUUGACUGCAUCCAACGGCUAACACAAUCACAGGAGCUCCAAGAUGUUUUGUUGGGGCUGUGCCACUUGAUCAGAUCAAACAGCGCCAUUGCACGGCGUCAUAGAGCCGUAGGGAAGAAGCUCGCUCUUACCUCGGAGGAGUUGAAGGACACGGCUGCGUCCGAGUGGCAGGACCUUACCGAGUAUGAGAGGAUACUUGCGCAGCGCACAAUCAGCAAAGACUCGUCGAACAAAGACAUGACUCGGGCUAGCAGCAUCGAACCGAGUACGGUCCGAGAGCGCUGGAUAUCAGCAAUGGAAAGUCGAGAAAUUCAACUUCAAAUCUUGAUCACAAUGUGCCUCCUUCAGCUUGUCUCACAGGAACCAAGGGCUUUGGACGCUGCACGGGCUCGCAUGACAGAAGGCACUAGUCCCAAGCCAACAUGUCACCAGGCUGAAUCAAAGCCGAAUAAGGAUACGGCAGCCGAACGGGAAAGCGAACAGCCGCGCAAACGAUCACGAAAGCUGGAGAAAGCAAAGCGAUGGCGAGGUACGAGACCGAAUUCGGACCUGGGCGAUGCAUUUGCAUGGAAUCAGCAAGUACGACGGCGUCUUGCAACUGAUGCCUCUGAGGAAGAUGGAGAGGAGGGUGAAGAGGAUGUGCUUGAGAUGGAAGGUGGCCAUGUUCUUACAGUGGACCAUCUGAGUAAGAGACUGGAAGCUUUGGUGGAUAUCUUGUGUCUACGGCAGGUCGCAUCAGGUGUUGGAGAAGAGAUCGCAGAUCUGCUUUCAGAUAUGAGAGCUGAGACGAGAGGAGAUGACAGAGAAAGCGGAGGAGGGUCAGGAGGUAGAGCAAGUUUGUUCGGAUCAUCGGUGCGCAAGCUUGUAGAGCAUGACGAUAUGGACGACGCACAAUGGCUGUGUUCCAAGGUAGUUGAGCCGCACUUUGAGGCGAGUCUUCCUCGACAAUGUUGGCUUUUCAGAAGCAAGUGCUUCGUUUCGCUGCAAUCUCGAACACCAGCGCGCUCGAGGAAGAGUGCUCGGACAGGAUCGAUGAGCUCGCCGCCAAUGCGUGCUGUCAAACAAAGCGCGAGCAUUGCUCCAGAAACUUCGGUUUCGACACUGCCAGUGGCAAGGUUGUCGGAUGUCCUGCAAAAAGAACAAGCAGGGAGAAGGGUCAAGCGAAACAUCCUGGCCGAACGUUCAAGCAUGCUUGGGCGCGCAAGAGAGGUGGACAUGGGACCAAGGUUGUCUCGCAGCGUCAGUGCAACCUAUGUAUCGGGACGUGAAUCGCAAGCGCCAAGCAGCGUCUUCUCGCGCAGCGGUACGAGCUCGGCAUGGACGCAGCCAAACCAUGGAGCCCAGUCGAACUUACUCGAAGCAAGCAAGGGACUCAGAGCUGGUGCAAAUGCUGGCAGAUCAUCGUUGCAAAAGCCUGAGAGCAGUGCGAGCGUGCGAUCGACAAGACUUUCUUGGACGCCUUUGUUCGCUGCUUGCUCUGCUUCUACGGGCUCAUCGAAACGGCUGCUGGUCAUGUCUACGCCACAGAAGGAGCCGGCGAGCAAGAUGAUCAACAUGGCGCGCCUGUCAGAGCUGGAGAAGCCGCGACUGGUAUUGCCAAGUCUAGUGAUGGAGUCGCCAACACAAGAAGGACCGCGUUUGACAGGACAACGAUCUAGGAUUGCAGAGCGAUGUGCAUCUUUUGGCGGAGGGAGCAACUUUGCACCACAGCGUUCGCCUUCUCCUAUCGCCCUGUAUUCUGAUGCAGACGAUUGA